AUGUCUAAAGUCGCUGUGAAGACCACUUUUGAGGUGCACAAGACGAUACAGCCAAUUUACACAGGCGGGAGCGUUUCACUUGAUGCCACUGGUCGAUUUCUAGCAACGUGUAUAGGCGAGGAUGCCUUGGUCAUUGAUUUAGAGACCGGGGAGAGGCUGGCGCAAAUUGAAGGUUCUUUGAAGGUUCAUUCCCUCGAGCCAUUGUCUUCUUUCAGACAUGGAAAUAAAAUUGAGCCUCUACUGGUGUCACGACAAAUUGCUGGCAACGACGAUGAGGUUAUAGAUAUGGCCUGCAUUGGUCGUGACAGAUCACUGCUUGCGUUGGCCACUAACUCAGAGUAUAUAAGGAUUGUUCGAGCCCAGUCUAUGGAAGAAGCACAGGGCCCUGGCAGUCACUUUGGAGCAGAUAUUGCUCGACUGGAGGGCCAUGAAGAAAUUAUAAUAUGUCUUGAUGUCGACUGGUCUGGAUCUUGGCUAGUAACUGGCGCUAAAGAUAACAACGCUAGGAUAUGGCGAAUAGACCCAGCCUCAUCAUCUUUUACUUGCUUUGCAACUUUCACUGGCCAUGCUGAAUCAAUAGGGGCCAUUGCAUUCCCGCGGUCAGCUCCAGCUGAAGGUACUCCUGCUUUUGAAGAUCCCCUCAACCACCCACCUCCGUUUUUCCUUACUGGCUCCCAGGAUCGGACAAUUAAGCGAUGGGAUAUGUCCAAACUCUGCGUCACGGCAUCAAAACCGCACGCACCAAAGGCAUUAUAUACCCGAAAAGCGCACGAAAAAGAUAUAAAUGCACUUGACGUGAACCAUUCAUCUACUUUAUUUGCAUCUGCAUCGCAGGAUCGUACUGCGAAGAUAUGGUCGGUCGAGGAUGGGUCUGUUACAGGUGUCCUUCGUGGGCAUAAGAGGGGCGUGUGGUCUAUUCGAUUUGCGCCCAAGGACACCCCAGUUUCUACCACCGCCCCUGGUUCAACCAGUAGAGGGAUAGUUGCGACUGGAUCUGGUGAUAAAACUAUCAAAUUAUGGAGUCUCUCUGAUUAUAGCUGUCUCUUGACAUUUGAGGGACACAGUAAUAGCGUACUCAAAGUGAUAUGGCUCCCGCCUCCACAUAUCUCACAAUCUGAUGAGGAUAUCUCUUCUCGAGGAGCUGCACAAAUCAAUCCCCUAAUUGCCUCCGCUGGCGCUGACGGGCUGGUCAAGAUAUGGUCCCCAUCCACAGGCGAAGUAGAGACGACGCUAGACAACCACACUGACCGUGUCUGGGCUUUGGCAACUCCAUAUACACCUUUUUCCACGACAACUGGCCAAGGGAACUUGAAAGGCAGGAAUCUUGACUUCUCCCUAAUUUCAGGCGCCGCGGAUUCUGUGGUGACUUUCUGGAAAGACACGACCUCAAGUACCUUGUCUGCUGCUGUUACAGCAAGCUCUGAACGAAUUGAACAGGACCAGCAACUACAAAACUACAUUCACGCUGGCGCGUACCGUGAGGCUAUUACCCUUGCUCUCCGCCUGAACCAUCCGGGUCGGCUACUAUCCCUAUUUACUUCUGCCAUUGAUGGGAAUGAUGACACUGCUGAGAGGGAUCCCGACAACCUGACUGGGAACCCCGACAUUGAUGCAGUUCUCAAGACUUUAGACGAUGAACUUCUAUAUAUUCUUCUAAUUCGCUUACGAGACUGGAAUACGAAUGCUCGGACAGCACGGAUUUCACAGCGUAUUCUAUAUGCACUCUUCAGGUCAUACCCAUCAUCCACGUUUAUUGAGCUUGCUGGCCGAAAAAAUAUACUUCCGACCGAUGGUAAGUCAGGGAAAUCAGCUGCCAUGAAAGAUAUCUUGGAAGCCUUAGCUGCAUAUACGGAAAGGCAUUACCGGAGAAUUGAGGAGCUAGUUGAUGAAAGCUACCUCGUGGAGUGGGUUCUUGGUGAGAUGGACGGAGGAGUGGGAAGUGUAGCACAAGCACCUAAUGGUACAGAUGGGGAGGAUAUAAUCAUGGUUUAA